GAGAGACAGACAGAGAGAGAGAGAGUCCACGGAUUCUUUCCCCUUCCGUUUAGGCCAAUUGAGAAAUCUCACCGUCUCUGGUGAGAAGAAGGAGAGAUGGGUGGUUCGCAGCGGCAGCUGAAAGCCAUGCUCCGGAAGAACUGGCUUCUCAAAAUUCGCCAUCCCUUCACCACUUUCACUGAGAUUCUGCUUCCGACGGUUGUCAUGCUGUUGCUGAUUGCUGUGAGGACAAGAGUCGAUACUCGAUUGCAUCCAGCGCAACCUUAUAUCAGAAAGGGCAUGUAUGUUGAAGUGGGCAAGAGUGACAUAUCUCCAAGCUUCGAGUCAAUCCUGGAGUUGCUGUAUGCGAGCGGUGAGCAUCUGGCAUUUGCACCGGAUACAGAGGAGACAACACAGAUGCUGGGUUUGUUAUCUUUAAGAUUUCCUCUAUUGAAGGUGGUGGGGAAAAUUUACAAAGAUGAGCUAGAGCUAGAAACAUACAUACGUUCAGACCUUUAUGGUGUUACUGAUCAAACCAAGAACUGUUCAAAUCCCAAAAUCAGAGGAGCAAUAAUAUUUCAUGAACAAGGUCCUCAGGUCUUUGACUACAGCAUUCGUCUGAACCACACAUGGGCUUUCUCAGGAUUUCCUGAUGUCAAAACUAUUAUGGACACGAAUGGUCCUUUUGUCAAUGAUUUGGAAUUGGGUGUUAGUGCUGUACCAACUCUACAAUAUGGCUUCAGUGGUUUUUUGACAUUGCAGCAGGUGCUGGAUUCAUUUAUUAUAUUUGCCUCACAACAAAAUGAAACUAUUAUUGCUUCUGGCGCACUUGGAAAACCCUCGCUUAUCAAGUACCUCUGGACACGUUUUAAUCCAUCAAACAUAAGGAUAGCUCCAUUUCCAACUCGUGCAUACACCGAUGAUGAGUUUCAGUCUAUCAUUAAGAAAGUCAUGGGAGUACUCUAUCUAUUAGGAUUUCUCCACCCAAUUUCUCGCCUGAUCAGCUGUGCUGUUUUUGAGAAGGAACAGAAGAUAAAAGAAGGUCUUCGCAUGAUGGGUCUUCACGAUGAGAUAUUCUAUCUUUCUUGGUUCAUUACAUAUGUGAUACAGUUUGCAGUUACUUCUGGAGUCAUUACGGCCUGCACAAUGAGCAGCCUUUUCAUGUAUAGCGAUAAAUCAGUGGUGUUUAUGUACUUCUUUUUGUUUGGUCUCAGUGCAAUUAUGCUUUCCUUUUUGAUCUCUACAUUCUUUUCACGAGCGAAAGCAGCGGUGGCAGUGGGCACUCUUUCUUUUCUUGGAGCCUUCUUCCCUUACUACACAGUCAAUGACACCGCUGUCCCUAUGACAUUGAAGGUCUUGGCUUCUUUACUUUCUCCUACGGCUUUUGCUCUUGGGACAGUAAACUUUGCUGAUUAUGAGCGUGCUCAUGUCGGAGUCCGUUGGAGCAAUAUAUGGCAGGCUUCAUCUGGUGUAAAUUUUUUGGUCUGCCUUCUCAUGAUGAUGCUUGACACAGUGUUGUACUGUGCCAUUGGGCUGUACCUAGACAAGGUUCUUCCUAGGGAGAAUGGAGUGCGUCAACCAUGGAAUUUUCUAUUCAAGAAGUGCUUUUGGGGGAAGAAAAGCAUUGUCUGUCAGAAUGCUAGCAACGUCGGUGUUAAGGUGGGGAAAAACAAGGCAACCUUUGCUAAUAAAGAUGGUGGCGAACCUGCUAUUGAAGCAAUAAGCUUGGAUAUGAAACAACAAGAACUUGAUAGUCGAUGUAUCCAGAUAAGGAAUCUGCACAAAGUCUACAUGACUAGAAAGGGAAAGUGUUGUGCCGUGAACUCAUUACAGCUCAGCUUGUAUGAAAAUCAGAUUCUUGCUCUCCUAGGACACAAUGGAGCUGGUAAAAGCACAACAAUUUCUAUGCUUGUGGGCCUUCUUCCUCCUACUUCUGGGGAUGCUCUGGUUUUUGGCAGAAGUAUUAGAACAGACAUGGAUGAAAUACGGAAGGGUCUGGGUGUAUGCCCUCAAAAUGAUAUACUCUUUCCUGAAUUAACGGUCAAGGAACAUUUGGAAAUUUUUGCCGUUUUGAAGGGUGUUGAGGAAGAAUUAUUGGAGACAAAAGUACAUGAAAUGGUUGAUGAAGUUGGUUUGGCAGAUAAAGUUAACACAGUUGUUGGGGCCCUAUCUGGUGGGAUGAAGAGGAAGUUGUCCCUUGGGAUAGCACUUAUAGGACAUAGUAAGGUUAUCAUUCUUGAUGAACCGACUAGUGGAAUGGAUCCAUACUCCAUGCGUUCAACAUGGCAACUAAUCAAGAAGAUCAAGAAGGGCAGGAUAAUCUUGCUGACCACACACUCCAUGGACGAGGCUGACGUGCUUGGUGAUCGCAUCGCAAUCAUGGCAAAUGGUUCUUUGAGAUGCUGUGGAAGUUCUCUUUUCUUGAAGCAUCGGUACGGUGUUGGUUAUACCCUAACUUUGGUCAAGGCUGCAUCUAGUGCCUCUGUAGCUGCCGACAUUGUUCAUCGACAUGUUCCAUCUGCGACACGCUUAAGUGAUGUUGGUACAGAGGUUUCUUUUAGACUUCCUCUAGCAUCAUCAUCUGCGUUCGAGGGCAUGUUCCGGGAAAUUGAGAGCUGCAUCAAAAGACCUGGCACGUAUGGGGGAAGCAGCAGUAAUGAGGAUGAAUGCUCUUUUGGCAUUGAGAGUUAUGGUAUCUCUGUCACAACAUUGGAGGAGGUGUUUCUGAGAGUUGCAGGAUGUGAUUUCACUGAGAUUGAAAACAUUGACCAUAAUAAAGCUCAUUCUGGACCUGAUGCUGUGGUUUCUGAAGCCGCCCAUCAUUAUCCUCAAAAGAAGGCCCCCGAUUUCAAACUACUUUUUUGGAAUUAUAAGAAGCUUUCAGGAAUGAUAUUUUCUACUGUGGCAAGAGUUUGUAGUAUAAUUUUUACUACAUUUUUCAGUUUCAUAACCUUCUUAAACGUUCAAUGCUGUGGUUGUGGAAUCAUUACAAGGUCUACAUUUUUGCAACAUUCCAGUGCUCUACUAAAAAAGAGGGCUAUCUCUGCUCGUCGAGACCGAAGGACAGUUGUUUUCCAGCUUCUUAUCCCUGCUGUCUUCCUGUUUUUUGGACUUCUUUUUCUCAAGCUUAAGCCACAUUCUGAUCAGCAAUCAGUGACCCUUACAACAUCCCACUUUAAUCCUUUGCUACGAGGGGGCGGUGGUGGUGGACCAAUUCCAUUCAAUCUAUCUUUUCCCAUCUCAGAAAAGGUUGCAUCUUAUAUUAAAGGGGGUUGGAUUCAGAGAUUGACACCAAGGAUGUAUAAGUUUCCUGAUCCGGAGAAGGCGCUUGGUGAUGCUAUUUAUGUAGCAGGCCCCGUAUUGGGUCCUAUCCUAAUUUCGAUGAGUGAAUAUCUAAUAACUAGCUUGAAUGAAUCAUACCAGUCAAGGUAUGGCGCAAUUGUGAUGGACGAUCAGAAUGAUGAUGGUAGUUUAGGAUACACUGUACUUCAUAACAGUACUUGUCAGCAUGCAGCUCCAACCUUUAUUAAUUUGAUGAACAGCGCAAUUUUGAGGCUCGCUACUGAAAAUGACAAUAUGACGAUUCAAACUCGCAAUCACCCAUUGCCAAUGACAAGUUCUCAGCAUUCACAGCAUCAUGAUCUGGAUGCAUUUUCUGCUGCAAUUAUUGUUACCAUUGCAUUCUCCUUCAUCCCUGCAUCAUUUGCAGUUGCAAUUGUUAAGGAACGUGAAGUCAAAGCAAAACAUCAACAACUAAUUAGUGGGGUGUCCAUACUAUCAUAUUGGUUUUCUACAUACAUAUGGGACUUCAUCAGCUUCUUAUUCCCUGUAUCAUUUGCAGUAAUUCUUUUUUACAUUUUUGGUCUAGAUCAAUUUGUUGGAAGUGGUUGUUUGUUGCCGACAAUCUUCUUGUUUCUGGAAUAUGGAUUAGCAGUUGCAGCAUCAACAUAUUGCCUCACCUUUUUCUUUUCUGACCACACAGUUGCACAGAAUGUGGUCCUGUUGGUACACUUUUUUAGUGGGCUUAUUCUUAUGGUCAUCUCAUUCAUUAUGGGACUUGUACAAGCAACCAAAAGUGCAAAUUCUUUUCUCAAGAACUUUUUCAGGUUAGCACCGGGAUUUUGCUUUGCAGAUGGACUUGCAUCACUCGCUCUUCGACGGCAAGGAAUGAAACUUGGAUCUGGCAAUGAAACCCUCGAUUGGAACAUAACUGGUGCCUCUAUCUUUUACUUAGCAGUGGAGAGCAUCAUUUACUUUGUUCUUACAAUCGUUCUUGAACUCUUACCUCCUCAAAAAUUAAACUUAUUCACAAUUAAGGGAUGGUGGAGGAGGUUUAGAACAGUUCAUCAUGGCACUUCUGAGAGUUACUUGGAACCACUUCUUAAUUCAUUCUCUAAAAACGUUGCUCUUGAAGUUGAUGAGGAUACAGAUGUACAGGCAGAAAGACAAAGGGUGCUUUCAGGUUCUGUUGAUAAUGCCAUAAUCUAUUUACGGAAUCUCCGGAAGGUUUACCCUGGAGGAGUGAAUCACCCUUCAAAAGUAGCAGUUCAGUCCUUAACUUUCUCUGUUCAAGAAGGAGAAUGUUUUGGUUUUCUAGGAACAAAUGGAGCAGGGAAGACUACAACUUUAUCGAUGUUAACUGGAGAGGACUGUCCAUCUGAUGGAACUGCAUAUAUAUUUGGGAGCGAUAUAUGUUUAAACCCCAGGGCAGCUCGUCAGCAUAUUGGCUAUUGCCCUCAGUUUGAUGCUCUGCUUGAAUUUCUGACUGUCCAAGAGCAUCUUGAGCUUUAUGCAAGGAUAAAAGGAGUUCCCGAGAUGAGGAUGAGAGAUGUUGUCGAAGAAAAAUUGAUGGAGUUCGACUUGUGGAAACACGCUAAUAAACCAUCAUAUUCUCUUAGUGGGGGCAAUAAGCGCAAAUUGUCUGUUGCUAUUGCAAUGAUUGGUGACCCUCCAAUAGUAAUUCUUGACGAGCCAUCUACAGGCAUGGAUCCUAUUGCAAAAAGAUUCAUGUGGGAAGUUAUAGCACGCCUGUCAACUAGACAAGGAAAGACAGCAGUUAUCCUCACUACUCAUAGUAUGAAUGAAGCUCAAGCUCUCUGCACACGGAUUGGAAUAAUGGUUGCCGGACGGCUUAGAUGUAUUGGAAGCCCCCAGCAUUUGAAAAGGCGUUUCGGAAAUCAUCUAGAACUAGAGGUAAAGCCUACUGAGGUAAGCUGCACUGAGUUGGACAAACUCUGUAGAAGAAUUCAAGAAACACUCUUCGACUUUCCAUGUCAUCCAAGGAGCAUAAUCGGCGAUCUUGAAGUUUGCAUUGGUGCAAGUGAUUCCAUAGCAUCAGACAACAUAGCAGAGAUCAGCUUAUCACAGGAAGUGAUCAUUGCAAUUGGACGCUGGCUUGGCAAUGAAGAAAGUAUAAGGACGCUUGUAUCUUCCACACCUUUUACUGAUGGUGUGUUUGGUGAACAAUUAUCGGAGCAAUUAAUCCGUGAUGGUGGUAUUCCAUUGAGAAUAUUUUCAGAGUGGUGGUUGGCCAAAGAAAAGUUCUCAGUAAUCGAUUCUUUUAUCCUUUCUUCGUUUCCCGGAGCAACAUUUCAAGGGUGCAAUGGGUUGAGUGUCAAAUAUCAGUUGCCAUACAAUGAAGACUCCUCACUUGCAGACAUCUUUGGACACUUCGAAAGAAACAGGGUCAAACUAGGAGUGGCAGAAUACAGUAUCAGUCAGUCAACAUUGGAGACCAUCUUUAAUCAUUUCGCUGCAAACCCAUAACAUGGGUAGUGAUGGAUUGUUCUCUCAAAAGGAGACGAGAAAGUAUGUAAAAAAAAAAAUAAAAAUUAUCAAGUGGAUUCUUUCUGAUGGAAACGAGAUUCACUGCCACCUUUGUAUCCUUGUCAAUGGAAAAUCUUGCCAUCCAUCACAGUUUUGCAAAGUGUUUUGUAAAGAUGGAGACCCCACCUCAAUAUUAGCUGACAUUGUUGUAUCACAAAAACUAGCUUUGGUUUCUCAAUGGUUUUUUAGCAGCAGCCUUUAUAGUGGUAUAUAAGGGUAACGGGCACUUGCCAUUUUAUGUUAUGAACUGAUUUAAUGGUUGUCA